AUGUCCGACCCGGAAAAAAAGUGCUCCGGGGAUGAUUGCGAUAACAAAGCUGGGACGUUGCAAUGUCCGACAUGUCUAAAGCUAGAUAUCAAAGGCAGUUACUUUUGCGCUCAGGAUUGCUUCAAAAGGAACUGGGCUACUCACAAGGCGAUCCACAAGACAAAAAAUGCUAGUGGGCUUUACAACCCAUUUCCAACAUACCCAUUCAGCGGCAGUGUCCGACCCGUAUACCCACUGUCUCCACGACGCCCCGUUCCGAAAUCGAUCAAGCACCCCGACUGGGCCGAGACUGGAAUUCCCAAGCGAGAACUUCGGCUAAGCAAGUCGAAAUGGGACUUCUUGGAUGCCGAGGGACAAGAAGCCAUGCGCAAGGUGUGCAAGCUGGCACGUGAGGUCCUAGACAUCACCGCCGCAGCUAUGAAACCUGGCGUGACUACCGACUUCCUGGACGAGGUCUGUCACAAUGCUUGUGUUGAGCGACAAUCCUACCCUUCUCCACUCAACUACCAUCACUUCCCGAAGUCACUAUGUACAUCCCCAAAUGAGAUUGUAUGCCAUGGCAUUCCCGACCAGAGAGUCCUUCUUGAUGGCGAUAUUCUCAAUCUGGAUAUCUCUAUCUACCACGGCGGAUACCAUGCCGAUUUGAACGAAACCUAUUACAUAGGCGACAAGGCCAAAGCAGACCCAGAUGCGAUUCGACUCAUUGAAACAACGCGGGAAGCCUUGGACAUGGCCAUUGCAAUUAUCAAACCCGGAACCCCCAUUCGGGAAUUCGGGAAAAUCAUCGAAAAGCACGCAAAUUCCAGGGGUCUCGCCGUUGUCAAAACUUGGGGUGGUCACGGCAUCAACUCGGAAUUCCACCCUCCUCCCUGGAUCCCCCACUAUGCGAAAAACAAGGCCGUUGGAACAUGCAAACCUGGGAUGACCUUCACCAUUGAGCCUAUUCUUACACUAGGCACAAAUCGAGAAAUGGAUUGGCCGGAUAACUGGACAAACGUUACAGCGGACGGAAAACGGACGGCGCAAUUCGAACAUACUAUGCUUGUAACGGAAACAGGCGUUGAGGUUCUGACAGCGAGGUUAGCGGAUUCUCCGGGUGGGCCUAUCCCCAUACCAGAUCCGGUAACCGAAAAUUGA